GCCUGCGUAGCGUGCGUGGCACGCCGAUCUAGAAGCGCUGGACCUGGGAGGUGUGCAAGGGCUGGCGGUGAGAGAGUUUGGCAGACAUGGCUCCUACCGUACGGGCAGCGGAGUCCGAGUAUCCUAAAGGCAUCCGAGCCGUGCUGCUAGGGCCCCCCGGGGCUGGUAAGGGUACCCAGGCACCCAGGCUAGCUGAAAACUUCUGUGUCUGCCAUUUGGCCACUGGGGACAUGCUGAGGGCCAUGGUAGCUUCUGGCUCAGAGCUGGGAAAAAAGCUGAAGGCAACUAUGGACGCUGGGAAACUGGUGAGUGAUGAAAUGGUAGUGGAGCUCAUUGAGAAGAAUUUGGAGACCCCUUCCUGCAAAAAUGGCUUCCUUCUAGAUGGCUUCCCUCGGACCGUGAGGCAGGCGGAAAUGCUCGAUGACCUCAUGAAGAAGAGGAAAGAGAAACUUGAUUCUGUGAUUGAGUUCCGCAUCCCAGACUCCCUGCUAAUCCGGAGAAUCACUGGAAGGCUGAUUCACCCCAAGAGUGGCCGAUCGUACCACGAGGAGUUCAACCCCCCGAAGGAGCCCAUGAAAGACGAUAUCACGGGAGAUCCCUUGAUCCGUCGAUCGGAUGAUAACGAGAAAGCCUUGAAGAUCCGCCUGGAGGCCUACCACACUCAGACCAUCCCGCUCGUGGACUACUACCAGAAACGAGGAAUCCACUCUGCCAUCGACGCCUCCCAGACCCCUGAUGUCGUGUUUGCAAGCAUCCUAGCAGCCUUCUCCAAAGCCACAUCCUAGUAACAGAAGGCCAGGCGAGAUUGCAUCGCUGCUCAUCACCCCGCGGCGUGAUCCCUGCUGUUAGGUGCUGGGCAGAGGGGAAGGGGCACCCUGGGAAGGAUGGAGAGGGGGGCUGGUGAGGGGCUCAAGAGGAGGAUUUGGAAGAGCGGCAGAGUUGUAAUGAGCUGGGGUUUUUUUUUUAAACACAUAAGUGGGAGUUUCAAAGUAUAAGCUAAGGAGAUUUUUUUGAAAAAAAAACAAAGCUGAUUAGAGGGUGUGGGUACAAACAAGGAGAUACAGUAUUACUUCUGAGCAAUUGGGUUUGCAUUUAUUCUGGACUGGUAACAGUAUUUAUUUAAAGCCAGUCCUGUUUUUAAAGACCUCAACUCGUAUCUCAGAAUCUCAUGGAGUACCAGGCCAAAAAUGCAGGCAAUGGAACUGUGGUGCUGUCUGUCUUAUAGCUUGGAAUAGGGAGUGUUUGUGGAUCUUGGUUCCCCACACAGAUCAAAACAUCAUCUCCACAUCUGAAAGAGUUAAGGGUGAAUUCUCAGGGGUGCUGGCUCAGUAGAUCAUUCACUGGAGUCGUGAGGGGGCGGCGAGACGAGCUGAACCCCCUUCCCUGACCUACCUCCGACUCCCCAGCCCACCCGCCCUCAAAGCUGAGCUCUUAGAGCCACCCGGCACACGCCACAGUCCUGCGGCCUUGACUUGUUUCAUGCAGGGUGUGUGAAGGGACCCUUUCAAAUAAACGAGUAAGGGCUGGGGACAUGGCUUAGUGGUUCAGCACUUACCUACCAUGUGCAAGGCCCUGGAUUUGGUCCUCAGCACCACAAAAAAAUUAAUAAAGAUAAAUGAGCAAGUGUCCUAAGCCAUAUCCUCCAGAACAUUGUGCUUCCCACCCUCAAAUCCUGUGACUGGAAUCAUUGGACAGAGUUUUUGAUAUAUUUUCAAUGAGGUGCCUUUCUGAACUCACCAAAUGCUGCCUUAUUUGGCCCCUAAAUCAAUAAAAUAUAUUAAAAAUUUGUA